AUGGCCGAUGCAGACGAGCCUCGAUUCACCAGCCUCGCUGAGAGAAUAGCUGCCCUCAACAAACAAAAAAACUUUGGCUCCCAAGUCUCCAGCCUGACCAACGGUGCUGACACUCCGCGAAAGAAACCUCCUCCACCAGCACCACCAGCACGACCCGCACGAGAAGCCAAACCUCCGCCGUUACCACGACGAGAUGCUCAAAUAUCCAUCGAUGGCAGUGACACGUCGACGCCGGAGAGACCCGGCCCACCCCCUCUGCCGGCAAGAACGAACUCGGCAGCCACGCUGACUCCGCCAGCGCUACCUCGACGGACAUCGGCCCAGCCACCAACAACAUAUCUUUCUGCCAGACGCAACUCUGCAUCGUCGGAAGUCUCCCAAAACUCGACCGUGUCGACGGCUUCCCUGACCCGGACCACGUCGUCGAGUACCAGCUGCGCAGGCGGCAGUCUGCCCAGGAAGUUGAUGGCACCUGCAACCUGCGAUCCCGACAGCCUGCCCGCCUUGCCGCCGACAAAACGAGAGCUCGACGCGCAAGAGGCUGCGGCAAGGGAAGUUCGGGGAAGGGAAAUCAGAGCCAGGCAAGCCGCGAAAUUCAAAGCCGGUCGCAGGGUGAGCAAUGGAACCUUGUCACCGCCGGCGCCAGCUGCUCGUCCCAGUCUGCCCCCGAGGCUGCCUUCAAGACCAGCCAAGUCUCCAAAGCCACCGCCAGCACCGUCAGCACCGUCAGCACCGUCACUACCGUCACCGAUACCUGCAUCGGCAUCUGCACAAGUAUCGCCGCAAACAGGGACUGCGCAUACAGCACCGCGAAAGCUGCCACUUGGUACCAUCAGAGGCUUUGAAAGUGGUCGAUUGACUAAGGAGCCGCCAGCGGUCCAUGUUGGGCGACCAAGGACUCCUUCCAGAACGCCGACACAUGACUCGGAAGAUGCGCCCCCACCUAUACCUUUGACUUCUCGGCCCUCUGCCGUGGACAUUGAAGCUGCUUCAUCCCGGACGGGAAGGACGCUGCAAGACGGCGCGAAAAGAAGCAAUGACGAUACCAACAGUUGCUGGGUUUGCCGGGACUGGAGUGGCCCAGAUGCCGUGGGGGGGCAGUUUCCCAGAGAAUCACUGCCUCGGGAUGAUCCUGUGGGCCACCUGGCGCGUGGUCUCUGCGAUCCUUUCCCGUCCUAUGACGACAAGGCCAGGGCUAUAUUUACCUGGUUCCAUCACAACAUCUCGUACGACACGGAAUCCUUCUUCAACAACAGCGUCAGGCAUGCAUCGGUAGAAGAUACGAUAUUCAGUGGCCGGGCCGUGUGCCAAGGGUACGCAGACACGUACAAGGCCAUUGCCAGUCGCGCGGGCUUGGAGUGCGUCGUUGUCGGGGGCCACGGAAAGGGUUUCGGGCACACGCCUCUGAGGAAGGGCGAACGGCCUCCUCCAGCCAAGCCCGAGGGGCACGCCUGGAAUGCGGUCCGCGUUGACGGCGGAGGCUGGAAGCUCAUCGAUGCCUGCUGGGGGGCUGGACACAUCUGUUCGGCGGCCAAGGCGUACAAGAAGGAGUUUAGCCCGCACGAGUUCACGGUGCCAAAUGAGACGUUUGGCUUGCGACACUUUCCGCAAGACUACCGGCUGCAGCACCGAGGCGACGGGCGCGUUCUCUCCUGGGAAGAGUACUGCACCGGGGGUAUCGACGGAGAGCCACACGAGUGGUUUGGAACCGGAGACAAGGAAGGCAUCGCGCCCGGGUCGGUGGAACCGAAAGCCAAAGAGAUCUCGGUCGGCAGCGGCGAGGUGGUGCGGUUCCAGUUUUCCAGGCAUUGCCCGCACUGGACAUGUGAAAGGGCCGGCCUGGGCAAGCCCGCGCUGUACUUGCUCAGCAUGCACGGCGUUGGCGGGCAAAAGGACGAGAUUAUCCCGACGGAGACAAACGGCUACUGGAGCUGGGUGGACGUCGGGGCGCGAGAGCUGGGGGCGCCCGGUCAGACGGUGGAGAUUCUCAAGCUAGAGACGCUGGACAAUGGCGAUGCUCGCGGGGUCACGGCAAAGGAGUUUCUGUCCAAGAGGGGGAGGGUUGGCAUGUCGUGGUCGUUGAUUGCGAGAUGGACGUUGGUGUAG